AUGGGCUCGGUAGCCGAGGAACGACGAAAGCAAGAGAUCGAUACAUCAGAGGUCCAGGAAGAGUACACUCCGUACCGGCCCGACAAGGGCUAUGGCUGGGGUGAAGCUUUGCCCGAGAAGCAAGGCUUGUACGACCCUAGCCUCGAGAAAGAUGCCUGCGGUGUAGGCUUUGCCGCCAAUAUCAAAGGCAAAGCAAGCCACAAGAUCAUCAGCGAUGCGCGGAAUCUUCUGUGCAACAUGACCCAUCGGGGUGCUGUGGGUUCAGAUGCACGAGACGGCGACGGCGCCGGGGUCAUGACAUCCAUCCCCCACAAAUUCUUUGUCAAGAACUUUGCCCGGGAGGUUGGAGUCGAGCUCCCUCCUCUUGGCCAAUAUGCUGCUGGAAACCUCUUCUUUAAGCCCGACACUGAGAUGCUGAAACAUGCCACCCUCAGCUUCGAAGAGGCCGCGCAAUCGCUAGGUCUACGAACAUUGGGCUGGCGCGAGGUUCCUCGAGACUCUACCCUGCUUGGCCCCGCUGCGUUGUCGCGAGAGCCCAUCAUCCUCCAGCCAUUCGUUGUCCUCGCAUCGGCGUACGGCAGCGGCAACAAACCCGAAGUCACCGAUCCCGAGCAGUUUGAUGACGUCGAGUUCGAGCGAAGGCUGUAUAUCCUCAGAAAAACCGUAUCGCAUGAUCCACGCUGGAAACCAUGGUUCUAUGUUUGCUCUUUGAGCAACAGAAACAUCGUAUACAAGGGACAACUAGCUCCAGUUCAAGUAUACCAGUACUUCCACGACCUUGUUUCGGUAGACUAUGAAGGCCACUUUGCUCUGGUUCACUCUCGUUUCUCCACCAACACCUUUCCUUCAUGGGAUCGGUCGCAGCCGCUCCGAUGGCUGGCUCACAACGGUGAGAUCAACACGCUCAGAGGCAACAAGAACUGGAUGAGAGCGCGCGAGGGCGUCUUGAAGUCUGAUUUGUUCGGCGAAGAGCUCGAAAAGCUCUUCCCCAUCGUUGAGGAUGGAGGCUCCGACUCCGCUGCAUUCGACAAUGUAUUGGAGCUCUUGGUAAUGAACAGGGUGCUUUCUCUGCCCGAAGCCAUUAUGAUGAUGGUUCCCGAGGCGUGGCAAGGUAACUCGGCCGUCGAUCCUGCGAAAGCAGCAUUCUACGAAUACGCUGCCUGUUUGAUGGAACCUUGGGAUGGCCCUGCUCUAUUUACAUUCUCGGACGGCCGGUACUGUGGCGCCAACUUGGAUCGAAAUGGCCUCCGACCCUGCCGCUACUACGUUACGGACGACGAUAGGAUCAUCUGUGCCUCGGAAGUCGGCACUAUUGCCAUUGAGCCAGAACGAGUGAUCAUCAAGGGCCGCCUGCAGCCAGGAAAGAUGCUUCUGGUCGACACCCAGGCCGGGCGAAUCAUUGAUGAUGCUGAACUCAAAGCCACUGUUGCAAAUCGACAGCCUUUCCAACAAUGGCUCAACAAGAACUUGAUGAAGAUGCCUCAGGUAUAUGACGCGGUUGCGAAAGAGCUCGACUUGAGCUACAAGCUUACAGAGUCGACCAUCCAAGAAGACCCGAGACUUCGGGCCUUUGGCUACUCGUUCGAGCAGGUCAGUUUACUGCUCGGACCCAUGGCCGCCGAUUCCAAGGAGGCGCUUGGCUCUAUGGGCAAUGAUGCACCCCUUGCCUGCCUUGCACAGCAACCUCGACUCUUGUUUGAGUAUUUCAGACAGCUCUUUGCCCAGGUGACCAAUCCUCCAAUAGAUCCAAUUCGAGAAGCAAUUGUCAUGUCUCUUGAAUGUUAUGUGGGACCUCAAGGUAACUUAUUAGAGAUGGACGAAUCUCAGUGUGGACGUCUCUUGCUCCCCUCGCCCAUUCUCGAGACCGAAACGUUCAAUGCCAUCAAGAACAUCGAUCGGCACAACCCGGAUUGGACUGUUAGAACAAUUGACAUCACCUUCGAUAAGUGGUCAGGCGUUGAAGGCUACAUGAAGGCUUUGGACGACAUAUGCGACGAGGCGACAAGCGCAAUUGAUGCCGGUGAUAAGAUAAUCAUUCUGUCCGAUCGGGCAACAUCCGAAGACAGAGUACCCGUGUCGACGCUCCUCGCUACUGGAUUGGUGCACCAUCACCUGGUUCGAAACAAAUGGAGAUCUCGGGUGGCCCUCAUCAUCGAAACAGCAGAGGCAAGAGAGGUACACCAUAUGUGUGUGCUUGUCGGCUAUGGUGCGGAUGGUAUUAACCCGUAUCUUGCUAUGGAAUGCAUCCUCAAGAUGAACCAUCAAGGUCUCAUAAAGAAGAAAUUAACCGAUGAACAAAUCAUUGCCAACUAUAAAGCUUCAUGUGAUGGUGGCAUCUUGAAAGUCAUGAGCAAGAUGGGCAUCUCCACAUUACAGUCUUACAAAGGAGCACAAAUCUUCGAAGCUCUCGGUAUCGAUGACACAGUCGUUGAUAGAUGUUUUGCUGGCACCGCCACUCGUGUACGCGGUAUGACCUUUGAACUGAUUGCCCAAGAUGCAUUUGCGUUGCAUGAGAAAGGUUACCCAUCGCGGCACGUCAGAGAAAUCCCUGGUUUGGCGGAAUCUGGCGAGUAUCAUUGGCGAGAUGGUGGCCAGCCUCACAUUAACGACCCUGUCAGCAUUGCAAACAUCCAGGACGCGGUCAGAACCAAGAACGACAAAUCUUAUGAGGCCUACUCUCUCUCAGAGUAUGAGCAGAUCAAGAACUGCACUCUACGAGGCAUGCUUGAUUUCGACUUCGAGCAACGUACGCCUGUACCGAUUGAUCAGGUGGAGCCAUGGACUGAGAUUGUGCGACGUUUCGUCACCGGCGCCAUGUCCUAUGGUUCCAUCUCGAUGGAGGCUCAUUCCACCCUUGCAGUGGCCAUGAACCGUCUGGGCGGCAAGUCCAACACUGGUGAAGGCGGCGAGGAUCCAGAACGAAGUCUGCACAUGGAAAACGGCGAUUCCAUGCGCUCUGCAAUCAAACAAAUUGCCUCUGGUCGAUUUGGUGUGACGGCAAAUUAUCUGGCAGACUCUGAUGAGCUUCAGAUUAAGAUGGCUCAGGGGGCAAAGCCCGGUGAAGGAGGUGAACUCCCCGGCCACAAGGUCUCUGAGCCAAUUGCACGUACUCGACAUUCCACUCCUGGUGUCGGUCUCAUCUCUCCUCCUCCUCACCACGACAUUUACUCUAUCGAAGAUCUCAAACAAUUGAUCUACGAUCUCAAGUGCUCCAACCCUCGAGCCAGAGUGUCCGUCAAGCUCGUGUCUGAGGUCGGUGUAGGUAUUGUUGCGGCGGGUGUCGCAAAGGCCAAGGCAGACCACAUUUUGAUUUCUGGCCAUGACGGCGGUACCGGCGCCUCAAGAUGGACUGGUAUUAAAUAUGCUGGUCUCCCGUGGGAACUUGGUCUUGCUGAGACCCAUCAGACCCUCGUGCUGAAUGAUCUCCGAGGUCGUGUCAUUGUCCAGACUGACGGCCAGAUCCGAACCGGUCGCGAUGUUGCUAUUGCCUGCCUGCUAGGUGCCGAAGAAUGGGGCUUCGCCACAACUCCUCUCAUUGCAAUGGGCUGUAUUAUGAUGCGAAAAUGCCAUCUGAACACUUGUCCAGUUGGUAUCGCCACUCAAGACCCUCUACUCCGAAAGAAGUUUGAGGGUACUCCCGAGCGUGUUAUCAACUUCUUCUACUACGUCGCGAACGAACUCCGUGCAAUCAUGGCCCAGCUCGGAUUGCGAACGGUCAAUGAGAUGGUCGGACACGCAGAGUUUUUGAAGGUACGCGAAGAUCUACGCACCGACAAAACUCAGAACAUCGACCUGUCUCUGAUUCUCACGCCCGCCCACUCUAUCCGGCCUGGCGUUGCGACCUACAACGUCCGGAAGCAAGAUCAUAAGCUACACACUCGCUUGGACAACAAGCUGAUUUCCGAGUCCGAGCUUGCUCUGGAGAAGGGAUUACCAUGCCGCAUAGAGACCGACAUCGUCAACACCGACCGUGCGUUGGGCGCCACAUUGUCGUACCGAAUUAGCAAACGCUAUGGCGAGGCUGGUUUGCCUCAAGACACCAUCCACGUCAACCUCAGAGGUUCUGCUGGCCAAUCAUUUGGUGCUUAUCUUGCACCAGGCGUUACACUCGAGCUAGAAGGUGAUUCCAACGACUAUGUUGGCAAAGGUCUAUCGGGCGGUCGCCUAAUCAUCUACCCUCCUCGUAGUGCUGUUUUCAAGGCUGAAGAGAACAUUCUGAUUGGGAACGUCUGUCUCUAUGGUGCCACAAGCGGUACAUGCUACUUCAGAGGUGUCGCUGCUGAGCGCUUCGCUGUCCGCAACUCAGGCGCCAACGCGGUUGUCGAAGGUGUCGGGGAUCACGGUUGCGAGUACAUGACUGGUGGUCGUGUCGUUAUCCUGGGUAGCACUGGCCGUAACUUCGCAGCCGGAAUGUCGGGUGGUAUCGCGUACGUACUCGACAUGAACCAGGACUUCCACUCUAAGAUCAACAUGGAAAUGGUGGAAGUGUCUGGCGUUGAAACGCCCGAGGAAAUUGCGUUCCUUCGAGGCAUGAUCGAAGACCAUCACCACUAUACUGGCUCGGAAUUGGCUGCUCGAAUCCUGCUCGAAUUCAAUCGUGCUCUUCCCCGCUUUGUCAAAAUUCUGCCAACAGACUACAAGAGGGUGUUGGCAGAGCGGGCAAAGAAGGCGGAAGAAGCAAAGAAAGCAGAAUACCCCUUGCCAAUAUUGCCAGGCAACCCAGUCCGCAACCUUCACCAAGAGCAGCGGGAAAUUGCUGCCGAGAAAGAGGCCAAGCAAAAGAAAGCCAAUAUGCUCGACAUCGAGGAAGGCGUCAAUGGUGAUGCAGAUCAAGCCAAGCACAAGGCUGCAUUGGUCCUUGAUAAGACUCGUGGUUUUAUGAAGUAUGCGCGUCGAAGCGAGAAGUACCGCAACCCAAAGACACGAGUCAAGGACUGGGCCGAGCUCUCCUCGCGACUCAGUGAAGAUGAACUGAAAUAUCAAUCCGCUCGAUGUAUGGACUGCGGUGUACCAUUCUGUCAGUCGGACACUGGAUGCCCCAUUUCGAACAUCAUCCCGAAGUGGAACGAACUGGUGUUUCAGGAUCAGUGGAAGGAUGCGCUCAAUCGCCUGCUGAUGACCAACAACUUCCCCGAGUUCACUGGUCGUGUCUGCCCCGCUCCUUGCGAAGGAGCUUGCGUCUUGGGUAUCAACGAAGACCCAGUAGGCAUCAAGACCAUUGAAUGCGCCAUCAUCGAUAAGGGAUUCGAGAUGGGCUGGAUGGUGCCAAACCCACCAAAAGAACGAACCGGCAAGAAGGUCGCUAUCAUUGGUUCUGGUCCAGCAGGUCUCGCCGCAGCUGAUCAACUCAACCGCGUUGGGCAUACUGUCACAGUCUACGAGAAGUCAGACCGCGUCGGCGGCUUACUGAUGUACGGCAUUCCCAACAUGAAGCUCGACAAGCGAAUUGUCCAACGACGAGUGGACCUCAUGGCCGAUGAGGGUGUCAAAUUCGAAACAGGGGUCAUGGUUGGCCCAGGUGAAAAGGUUACUCUCGAGUCGCUGCGCCAGAGCAACGAUGCAAUCAUCAUCUCUACUGGUGCCCAAGUGCCCCGUGAUCUGAAAAUUAAGAAUCGAGAAGCCGAAGGCAUCCAUUUUGCGAUGGAAUUUUUGCACGCCAAUACGAAGUCUUUGCUUGACUCGCAACUAGGUGAUGGCCACUACAUCACUGCCAAGGACAAACACGUUAUUGUUAUUGGUGGUGGAGACACCGGAAAUGACUGCAUUGGCACCUCCAUUCGACAUGGAGCCAAGUCGAUCACCAACUUCGAGCUUUUGCCUCAGCCUCCACCAGAACGCGCUCGCGACAACCCGUGGCCUCAAUGGCCGAGAAUCUACCGGGUGGACUACGGUCACACAGAAGUUAAGCAACACUACGGUAAAGAUCCUCGUGAGUACUGUGUCAUGACGAAAGAUUUCGUGGUCGAGGACGGGCGUGUAGUGGGCAUUAACACGACUCGUGUGGACUGGACGAAGAGUGCAACUGGUGGCUGGGAGAUGAAAUCCAGAGAGGGAAGUGAGGAGUACUUCCCAGCGGAUCUGGUCCUUCUUUCUAUGGGUUUCUUGGGACCCGACGACCGUCUUUUCGAAGGUCAAGUGGAGCUUGAUCCGCGCAAGAAUAUCAAGACCCCAAAGAACAUGUACAACACCAACCUUCCAGGUGUAUUUGCUGCCGGUGACUGCCGACGUGGCCAAUCUCUUAUUGUUUGGGGUAUUAAUGAAGGCCGUCAAUGUGCUCGACAAGUGGACAGCUUCCUUAUGGGCGCAGGGUCCAUACUUCCCGUUACUGGCGGUAUUAUUCAGCGAGCCCAACAUGACGCCGUCCCGACUCCUCAAGAGAUCAAGGCUCACAAGCACGGCGACAUGGCGCAUGCUGCCGAAGACUUCAAGCGUGCUCCGGAAAUCAAAGUUGAUGCAUGA